AUGACCGACUGCUGCAUGGUGUACGCGGACGACGCCAGCGACGACGAGGAUGUCCGCCCCGACAAGUGCCUGGAGGAGCCGGUGCUGGUGCGCGCGGCAGUGCGGCGCGGCACGCCGGCGCUCGGCCUGGCCGCGUGCUUCAGCGACGAGCUGCCCGAGCGGCUGCGCGGCCGCGUCGCGCCCGAGGAGUUCGCGCGCAGCGUGUGGCGCGUGAACGCGGCGGCGCGGCGCGCGGCGCCCGGCUGGGCGCGCUGCGUGGCGGGCUGGGCGGGCUGCGCGCUCUGCUGCUGCACGCUCGGCUGCUCCCUCUGGCCCGCGCUCUGGCUGGCGCGCCGCUCGAGGCGGGCCGCGCUGCGCGCGCUGCGCCGCGAGAACGCCCGCCUCUACCGCCGGCUCGGCCUGCGCUGGCGGCUCGCGCGCGUCGCCAGCGUCGACGCUCCCGGGCUGUCCGAGUACGUGCUCGCGAUCGACUUCCUGCCGCCCAACGGCAUCUACAGUCCCGACUGA